AUGAACAGAAAAGUAUUUGACGUAUUUAGUGACAAUAUUGUCAAAAUAUUCCCUCAUGGACUGCCCCGACGUGUUGGAAUAUCCCUGUCCGGUGGGGUUGAUUCUAUGGCACUGACAAGUUUGUUGAGUAGGUACAGAGAUGAGUACAACGUCGGGGUUGAAAUAGUAGCUUUGACAGUAAACCAUGAAUACAGAAAAGGUAGUCGGCAAGAAGCCGAGGAGGUUGGAAAACUGGUAGCUCCUCUGAAUGUACAGCAUAAAAUUAUAGAUCUAAAAUGGAACUUGGACUCUGUCGAAUUGCACCAGUUAGGAAAUUUUGAAAGACUAGCCCGAACGAAACGAUAUCAGCAUAUUCAGAAAUAUUGUUAUGACUAUGAUAUUCAGCAUCUAUUUUUGGGUCAUCAACUAGAAGAUCAAGUCGAAACCUUCUUGUUGAGAUUGAAGCAAAAUAGUACAAUAUUUGGCAUGAGAUGCAUGAAAGAUAUCUCCUCUUAUCCUUCCCUUCCUUUGUACCCAUCGUCGGUAAAACCUCCCAUAAAGAUUGUAAGGCCAAUGCUGAACAUUAAGAAAAAAAGAUAUCUACUCAUAUUGCAGAGAACUGGAAGUUCCUUGCAACAUAUUUUACAAGUUAUAUCAGAAAUUGAGUCGUUUCAACAGUCUAUAUAUUCCAGUCUGGAAGAAUUACGACAUGAAUUGAAUCGACUAGGGCAAAUCUGGUAUGAUCCAGCAACCUUUAGGCUUAGUUUAUUGUUAUCUGGACAGAUACUGAAGAGAUAUCAUCCGUUAGUUAUAAACAGAUUUUUUUAUGAAGAAUGCUACAAGAUAUCCCCCCUGAAAAGUUACCAUUACAAGUUCACAAACCUAGAUGUGGAAAGCGCUUGGGUGAAGUCCAAAUCAACCAGAAGUAUUUACUCUAUUCUAAAAAGAGUGGUCUUCGGUAAAGGCCACCCGGAAAAGUUUUCCUUGCUUAAAUUGAACUGGGAAAUUUCAAGCUACAAAGAUUUGGGCUCAGACUGCGUCAAUGUGAGUAUAUCGGCUGCAAAAUACCAUGCUAAUCAGCCGUUGCCCAUGAUAGAGCUUGCCCUAGGCCAUAAUAACGAAUGGUCUGAAUGGGUUUUUUUUGACAACCGUUGCUGGAUUCGAAUUAAAACAACAGAUGAAUUUCCAAUCUUUGGGCAUGCCACUAUCAAAAUCGUACCAUAUGUGCCUAAACUGCAUUCAACAGCAUAUAAUAUGUUUAUGGAAAGUCAGCCAGGGAACUGCUUACCCAACAAGAUACUAACCAACAUUCCUGUUCUGUUAUUAGAUGAUCUAUCUGUGACGGGAAAAAUAUUAGGACUUCCUUCGUUAGGAAUGAUCGACACAUAUUGGAAGAAUCGUAUUCAGGUGGAGUUUAUCCCGAAAAAUGAGUUUGAUCAAAUAUCAUCCAGAAAAUCUAUAUCUUCAAACUGA